CUAUUGAGUAAUGGUGAGAUAUUCAUCCGUUUUUCCAACAUUGCCCUGAAAUUAGGUAAGAGAGUAUUCAACUAGUCAUCAGCUAUUUGAAAGCCGCGCUAUCAGGCUGACCAUGAAGCAUUUGAGAGCGCACUGUACAAAAUACUUCAUCAAGUAGGGGGAUGGCCCCAUGGAGGACGUCAAAAUCUCUUUCCAAGGAUCAACUAAAUCGUUUGCUUGAGCAUAAGUACCACUGUGAAGGAGGAAGUAUAUGCGACAGCAUUUUCAAAGAUUUUUGGUUGAAGUCUUCACUAUAUGUUCCCUCAUACAUCGCUCCGAAUACUCUUACUUUAAUUGGUCUUCUUGCUAACUUAUUUUCGAUUUGUUUACUUCUUAUAUACGGAGCUGGCCCAAUAACUUCGCUACUGUUCGCGGUUUGUGUUUUUAUAUACCAAACCUUAGAUGCGUUAGAUGGUUUACAUGCCCGUCGCACAGGUUCCAGCUCCCAACUAGGAGAAUUAUUUGAUCAUGGGUGUGACGCUAUAUCAACAUGUGUUCUACCGAUUGGUUAUUUUAUCACUUUGGGUUUCAACGAUUGGCCUGUAUUAAUGUUUAUACAAUACUUCUGUAUACAGUGCUUAUUUUAUUUAGCUCAUUGGCGGUGUUACGUCACAGGAAUUCUGUCGUUUGAUCGGGUUGGGGUGACUGAAGGCCUUAUAAUCGGCAUGUUAGCAUCUAUGAUAACAUCAAUGUUUGGAUCUUCUUUUUGGAGUAUUAAAGACCCAAUUUUCAGCAUAGAACUCAGGGUCAUUCAGUUCUUGGCGUUUUCCGCUUUUAUGCUUCUCAUCAUCGUUCAAUUCGGUGGUACAAUUUCAAAAGGUGGUUGUGGUAAAUAUGGAGCGACGAUUGCUAAUACCAGUAUUUUAUUCCCAUUCUGUCCUCUGGCAUUUUCAGUUGGUCUGGCUGUUGUAGUUGCUGUCAAUUCUCCGAUAAAUCUCUAUCAUCAGUCACCCUUUAUUUUUCUUUUAACCUUUGGAUUUAUUGUAGUUAAAGUUUCCCAACGUUUGGUGAUCGCUCAUAUGACAAAGAGUUCUAUUAAUUUAUUUGACACGGUUAUGCUGGGAGCUGCUUUGUUACUCGUAAAUCAGUAUUUUUCAUGUCCCUUCAACGAAUUUGUAAUCCUAUGCUUAGCCAUGAUAUUUGGAUUUGUCAACGUCAUACUAUACGAUGCUGAUAUAUGCGUCCAAUUAGCCGACUUCCUCAAUAUUUACAUAUUUCGUGUGGGUCGACCAGUAAAUACUCGUCAAAAUGCUGCUAAAAAUCCAUCAGUCAAUUCAUCAAUUCACCAUCAUCAGGAUAAUGCCCACAGGCAUUCGAAUCGAGGUAGAAACAAUCCUCAGCAUAAGUGAUUAUUAGUCACUUUUUCUACCUAUUACUUUACCUUUCUUUCAAAUGAGAACCGUAUAUAUAUACCAGGUGACUCAUGUUCUGUAACUCUGUGUUUGUCUUCUGUGUAUAGUGUAAGCGUAUAACUUCGAAUCUCUAUCUUGCCAUCCUCCUCUCAGAUUGUGAUGUAUUCCGUGAAUCAAGUAAAUGUUCUUUACACAUUCUCCGCUGUAUAAAGUUUCACAUAUACCACUACUACUCAAUGUGUACAUUUAUGUGUUUUGUGCGUCUGUGUGUAUCCACGUAAUACUACUACUACCACUACUAUCUCUGUCAGUGUUUAGCCUAUAACUUUCAAGUUUUCUAUAGAAACUGUGAAAUGCAUAAUUCUUUUUUUUGUUUUUUACAAAGAAUAUUCCAUGCAACAUUCAUCACCAUGUUUCGAAUCCUUUUUGUUUAUCCUAUCGUUUAAUAUAUUGUCCUCUUUUUCUUUUUGUGAGUGCGCCGUUUGUACCUAUCGAAUUAGUUCCUUUAAUAUUCUGUUUUUCUCUUAACAUUAAUAUUAUUAUUAUUAAUAAUAUUAGUAAGAAAUAUUCAGUUUAUCAUUAGGAAUUAUUUCCUGUAUUUUUGAAAAAAGCUAUUUUACACAAUCAUGCUGUAUAUCUGUGCGUGUGCGUGUCUGUGUCUGUAUGUGUUCCUGUAUGUGUGUAGAGAGACAUGUGUUAAAAUAAUAAUUUAUUAGUUUGACGACUUGAUGGUAUGCACACCUAUUUAUCUACUUACCUACCUAUCUACCCACCUACCCACUUAUUUAAAUCUAACUGACUAGUCUUUUCUCAAUCUUCCAAUUUUCACAAUGUUCCCUCUUCCAUGUAGACAUUUUUUCCACACCAUGAGUACUCUGUGAAAAGUAUUCGAUAAAGAUGAUGAGAUAACGACAACAACAACUACUCAUAUUGCUGAUCCAUUUACUAAAUAAACCUCCUCUCCACUCCUAACAAGUUAUUAUUAUUAAUACCACAUAUAUACAAGGGACUGACUGUCUCCUUUCUUUUUUUUGUACAACACAGUCUUGUAGUCUAAACACUGAAAGUCGUACGUCGCAUUGUGUUUUAUUUUCUUCUACAUUAUAUAAGCGAAAGGAUGGAUGAAUGAUGUAACUUCCUCUCUAUACCCCCCAUGUUAUACCACUGGAAGGCAAGGCAUGUUGUUGUGUGCAAGAGGAUGAAUAUAUGCUCGCUGGUUUUUCUGUUUUCUAUCUUUUCUUUUUCUCAAUGAAUGGUUUCUUUUGUUUACAAUCAUUUCUUUAUAUUUCAUUUUUCUAUACAAACAAACAAACAAAAAAAUAAAUAAAUAAACAGAUUUUAAUUUUCUUUGAACAUUCUCUAA